AUGUCCCCCAACCCGGGAGAUGGGGCGGAGGCGGGGGACGACAUCCGCCGCCCAGAUGUUGCGCCGCGAUUAGGGAAGGGAAAAAACAAAUCUAUCAUCCGCUGCUUUUGGGAAGGGCUGGGCUGGCUGGGAUCCGGCAGCCCCUCCUCUUCCUCCUCCCUCCUCCUCUUCCUCUCCCUCGCAGCCUCGCUCUCCUCUCCCGGCCAGCCGCCUUCCGCGGAGGGGGCGAGACGAGCGCAGAGCCCGCAGCCCCCCCGGCGACAAGCCAAGGGCGACAUUCCCGGCCUCGUGAAAAUCAGCGUCUCCCUCAAAAUCCAGCCCAACGACGGGGCGGUGUAUUUCAAAGUGGACGGGCAGCGCUUCGGCCAGAACCGCACCAUCAAGCUGCUGACCGGGGCCAAGUACAAGAUCGAGGUGGUCCUCCAGCCCGGCACCAUCCAGGCCACGACAAUGGGCAUCGGGGGCGUCAAUGUACCACUGGAAGAGAAAUCGAGGGAUGCACAGGUGGCCUCUUACACAGGGAUCUACGACACAGAAGGGGUGCCCCCUACCAAGAGCGGGGAGAGACAGCCCAUCCAGGUCAACAUGCAGUUUAACGACAUUGGCGUUUUUGAAACAGUCUGGCAAGUCAAAUUCUACAACUACCACAAACGGGAUCAUUGCCAAUGGGGAAACAGUUUUGGUAGUAUUGAGUAUGAAUGCAAACCAAAUGAAACGCGCAGUCUUAUGUGGAUCAAUAAAGAGACCUUCCACUGAAGAGAUGUGAAACCAAUACUGCUGGACAACCUCCCUAAAAAAAAAUCUACCUUUUUAAACCAGCAAGAAGCCUUAACAAAGGCAUACUGUAACAUUGCUUUGUUCCAUAAGGUUCCAACAACUAUGUUGUAUAUACAGGUGGUGCCACUAAAAUCUUUGCCUAUUACUGUAUUUUAAGUUUACCAUGGCAUCUGCAACAUUCUUUAUCUGUCACCCUAAGAAUACUGUAAAGUUCAUGAUAAAGAAUAUUUGAUAGCUGGGUAGAAAGUCAUACCUUCAUAAUACUGUCAUAAGUAUUUGGAUUAUGCCCACUAAACGGUUCCACUAGACGUAACAACUUUUGUGAAGUGUUUUGCUUUAUUGCUUAGAAUUUGGAUGCAACAUCACAUCAGUGAUUUCUGUAUUUAUAUUUGUGUUUGCUCCUAAAUCGGUGUGCUCCUUCAAGUAUUUUGUCAAAUGUCAUCCCAGUGGACAGCAAAAAGUGCUAAGUAUGGGUAUUUGUAGGUUUAGCUAAAUGGCAGCUACUGCACUGUUGAUAUUGUGCUUUCAUACCAGGGGAUUUAGAAACUCAUUCUCCCUUUUGUUAAGUCCUGUAAGAUAUUCUGUGAAGUUUGCUAAUUUACCAAAUCUCUCAAAAUAGGAUUCUUUGUUGUUAAGUUUCCCAGUCUCUGAAAUAGCUUUAGGAAAUGGUAUAAAAUGUGCUAACCUAAAUGAAAGAAAAGCAAUAAAUCAGUUGUGAUAUCAAAGACAUCUAACACCAUGGCGAAUAUGUAUCUUAAGAUCAUAUAGUAUUCUUGAAAGAUAUAGCAGCCAUACUUAAUUCAGUUCUUAGAGUAAGAGUUCUGAUAGUAAUCUCCAUUUUUGUUUUAAUGACAAAUUGCUCAGAUCAGUAAAAUCCUACAAAUCAAUUUUUUUCAACCCCGACCACUGUAUUGUACCAAAAUCAACAGGAUUCCUGACCAACAAACACUCAGCAGUGUGAAGAGAGUACAUAUCCCAGUACAUGCUUAUACAUGCAUUGCAUUCUUUCAAAUAAAGAUAAGCAUGUAAGCAUUUGCAUGGUUAUGACUAAAGGUGCUACAUAAACACUAGAUCAGUGUUUAACACAUACAGACAACAAAAAACAAACAUAUCUUUUCUUUCAGUAAAUAAAGCAGGGAAACAACUACACUGUCCCAUCCCCAACUUGGGCUGAAGUAAGCUGUCAGUUCUUGCAUAUCUGUUAUUCCUUUUGUGAAUAAUUUGUAAAUUGUGUAUGUAAAUGGUAACCAUGACUUUUGAUCUUUGUAAUAAAGGACUUAAACAAUU